CUGGUCGAGAACGGAAGCCCGCGCGGUGCGAUUCACCUGGACGCCGCGGCCGACGGCUUCCACCGGUUCGUGGCGGCAGAGAUCCAGCGCUACAUAGAGCUCCUGACCGGCGGCCUGCUGCCGAUCGUCACGGAACCCGGCGCCGCUCCGGCUGGCGGCGUAAUCAUGGUUGGUGGCCCGCAGGCAAACGACACGGUGGGCGGCUUGGCGGCGCGGGGUGCGCUCGAUCUCGGCGGGCUGACGGCCGACGGGGCGUAUCUGCUGAAGUCGAUCGAUCUGGACGGGCGCGGCUGCGUGGUAGUGGCAGGACGGGACGACACCGGGACCAUGUACGCGGCGUACGAGCUCCUGGAACGGCUGGGCGUGGUGUUCCAGCUCACCGGCGACAUCGUCCCCGAGCGGAAGGCGACUCUGGAGCUGCCGGAGCUGGACGUGGCGGCGGCGCCGGCGCGCAAGUUCCGCGGCGUGCACGUCUGGCACGCCUACACCUGGAACAUGGGCAUGCAGGACUACCGCCGCCUGAUCGACCAGCUCGCCAAGAUGAAGAUGAACGUCCUGGAGUUCUACUGGGGGAUGGGGGCGCCGUGGGUCGAGGUCUUCCACGACGGCGUGCGCGGCGAGCUGACCACCACGCCGGAGUCCGGCUACCUGGCGGUCGGCAGGGACAGCCGCUCCUGGGGCCGCAGCGUGCACACCACCACCGGCACCCGUUCCGAGGUCCGCGUCGGCCGGGAGUGCUUCCCGCACGAGCGGCUGUGCGGGGAGGAGUUCCAGGAGGUCGGCUCCGAGGACGAGGCGUUUGCCGUCGCGGUCCCGUUCCUGCGCGAGAUCAUCCGCUACGCCCACCGGCGGUGCGUGCAGGUCUGGCUGGUCUUCGGCGAGUUGCCGUUCGUCUCGCCCAACCUGGCCCCGCAGAGCGCCAAGGUCGACCACGGCGUGGCGCCGAGCGAGAGCCACAGCUACCAGCGCUACUGCGGGGUGGCGGUGCCGACCGGCGAUCCGGCGGCGCUGGACAUCUGGGAGGCCGCGCUGUGCGCGGUGAUCGAGACCUAUCCGGAGGCCGACUCCUACGGGGUCUGGGCGCCCGAGCACAGCCCGGACUUCGACGACGAUGAGGCGACCCGAGCGCUGCGGCAAGAGGCCACGACGAUCCGGGAGCACAUGCCGUCGCUCGGGGAGAUCCACGGGGGCGGCAACUUCACCCCCAAUACCGACAAGGACCUGGAGUUCGACGCCAUGCAGAUGCACCUGGCCGCCGAGCUGAUCGGCCGGGUGAAACGGCGCCACCCGGACGCGCGGCUGGGCGUCACGCUGCUGUUCCGCGGCUACCUGAUGCGGGCGCUCGACCGGCUGCUGCCCAAGGACGUGUGGAUCGCCAACAUGGAGGACUGCGGCAACGGCGGCUCGCAAAUGGACUACUACCGCGGCAUCGCCGGCCGCGACCUGAUCGUCAUCCCGCGCAUCGUCGACGACGGCUGCGAGCUGCACAUGCAGAUGAACGCCACCAUGUACGACCGGGACGAGAUCGUCACCGGGGCCGAAGCGGCCGGCGCGGCGGGCAUCAUCGGCCAGCUCGACAAGGAGCGCGGCGGCGAGUGCAGCACCCGCUUCCUGGCCGACGGCUGCUGGGACGCCGGGGUCGACGCGCAGUCGUUCUACACCGGCUACCUGCCGCGGCUCUACGGAACGGACGCGGCGCCGCUCGUGGUCGAUGCGUACCGUCUCCUGGAGGCUGCCGAGCGCGACCUGGUGUGGUGGGGGCGGAGCGAGAUCUUCAUCUCCUACCAUGACUUCUCGCCCUGCAAGCUGCGCACCGGCGUCGAGCUCCGCGACGGCCGGCCGGACAUCGACCGCGCCGAGCUGGAGCGGGCCAUCGAGGCGUCGUGGGACGACAGCGACUUCUGGUUCUGGCGCCGAACGGCGGUGGGCGACCAGCACGGGCACGAUCGGCCGCUGCGGCCCGAUGCGCUGUGGCGGCGGCGCGCCGGGCAGUACCGGGCCGUGGUCGACCUGCUCCGGCAGGCGCGGCCGCAGGUGCCGGCCGGCUCACUCGCCGAGCUGGACUACGUGAUCUUCAAGACCGAAAGCUUAUUUAACCUAAGUCAACUACUGUCUGAUGUGCAUAGCUGGGCAAGGCAUGCUAAAUGA